CCAAUAUAUUACAUAGGCUGGCGGCUGAGUUUUUCGAUCUUUGCCAUACUUUCCUAGAAACUUCCUUCCUCUUGAUAUUGUUUCCCUUCUCCGUUUCCUUUAAAUAAGAGUGUGCUUCUCUCUCAUGCCUUCGUGCUCUCUUCAAAGCUUUUGGCUCACUACUGGGCUACACUGCAAUUUUCUCUUCUUGUCUUGUUACAAUCUUUCUUUCUGGUUUUUUUUGUGAUUGUUAGUUCUUUUUAUAUAUUUGGUGUUUAAUUUUUGUUUCUUGAUUCUGGGAUUUUCUUUUCCCACUUGCUUAAUUGGUUUUUCUGGGUGUUCUUUUUGUUUCUUGAAGAUUUAUUGACCUAAAGAAAUACCCAACUGUUUCUGCUCGAGGUCAAGAUUUAUUUUUUUUAUGGUGUUUUCUUUAUAAUUCUAUUGUAUAUUUAUAUUUAUAAUCUUUCUUCCAGAUUCUGGAUUAUCCCCACUUUUUCAAUUGAUUUAUUGUGUUCUUUAUCCUUCCUUGCACAUCUAUUCAACUGAGAAAUUAUACCCAAUUGUUUCUUUGUUUCUUUAUUUAUUUAUUUAUUUAUAUAUUUUAAAUAUAGAGUAAACCUCAGCCAUAAGUUUCCUAUCUUGUAAGUUGUACUAAAUUUCUAUUUCCACAAAUUUCUUUAGAACCAGAAGGAAAAUUGUAGUUGUCCAUGGAUACCCUUCUUCAAGAAUUCCCUAAUUCCAUGAACAGAUUCAAAUUUGACCAUUUCCCAGAUUCUUUCUCUUCAAAUAGGAAUUUUCUUAAUGGUUAUGAGCUGAAUCAUAAUUUGAGUAACCCUAAGUCCUCUUUUCAUUCAUGUAGUCCUGAACCUCCUAAUGACUUGAUACCAUCCUCUUCUUCUUCUUCUUCAUCACCAUCAUCCUCAUCCUCCUUGAGCUUAGAAGGAAAUGAUCCAAAUAAUAAUGCUGUUCUCAAGUACAUAAGUGACAUGCUUAUGGAAGAGGACUUAGAGGGUAAGACUUGUAUGUUACAAGACAGUUUGGCCCUGCAAGCUGCAGAGAAAUCCUUAUAUGAUGUCCUUGGUCAAGAAUACCCUCAUUCCUUAACUCAAAAUCUUGAAAACCCUAAAAAAUUUUGUAACUCUGUUAACACCUCUGUUGAAGAAUCAAAUUUGAUUCUUUAUCAAGUUGAUUCAGAUUUUUAUGGAAUUCAAAGUUCUUUUAUUGAUUCCCCUGCAAGUACCCUUAUAGGACCAGAUUUCCAAAGUGAGAUACACAAAGGGAUUAUUGGAAAUGGUGAUUCUUUGGUAUUGGUUCCAAAUAGUAACUCAGACAAAGAGGAAAGGGAUUGGUCACCUAAUAGUUCGCGAGGAAGGAAAAAUCACCAACGAGAAGAUAGUGAUCAUUUAGAAGACGAAAGGAGCAAUAAACAUUCUGCACUCUCUCUUGCAGAGUCUGAACAGUCAGAAAUGUUUGAUAAAGUAUUGCUUUGUCCAGUUGGAAAUACUGGGUCUGAAAGAUGUUGUCUUGAUGAGAAGUCACAGAAUGGAGUAGGCAAGAAAGGGCAGGGGAAAGGACCUAAUGGUAGAACGGCAAGAGGAAGGAGACAUGGAAACAAAGAAGAAGUGGUGGAUUUGUCUACUUUAUUAACUCAAUGUGCACAAUCUGUGGCAAUUAGUGACCAAAAAACUGCAUAUGAGUUACUUAGGCAAAUUGGGCAACAUUCUUCACCUUUUGGAGAUGGAAACCAAAGAUUGGCUUAUUACUUUGCCAGAGCCCUCGAAACACGCUUGGCUGGGGCUAGUACACCAAAAUAUUCACCACUUAUAAGUAAUAAGACUUCAGUUUCUGAUAUCUUAAAAGCUUAUCAGGUAUAUGUUAAGGCAUGUCCAUUCAAGAGAAUGUCAAAUUUCUUUGCUAAUCAGACAAUUUCAAAAGUGGCAGAGAAAGCAACUAGCCUGCAUAUUAUUGAUUUUGGCGUUCUUUAUGGUUUCCAAUGGCCUUGUCUUAUCCAACGUCUCUCAGAAAGGCCUGGUGGACCUCCAAUGUUGCGGAUUACAGGAAUUGAGCUUCCUCAACCUGGUUUUCGCCCUGCUGAGAGGGUUGAGGAGACAGGCAGACGAUUGCAAAGAUAUUGUGAAAGGUUUAACGUGCCAUUUAAGUAUAAUUGCAUAGCACAGAAAUGGGAAACCAUCAAAUAUGAGGAUCUUAACAUUGACAGAGAUGAAAUGACUAUUGUUAACUGUUUGUAUCGGUUAAGGAAUCUCCCUGAUGAUAUAGUUGUAGCGAACAGUGCGAGAGAUGCUGUCCUAAAGCUGAUAAGGCAAAUCAGACCAGACAUGUUUAUUCAUGGGGUUGUUAAUGGUACCUACAACGCUCCAUUCUUUGUCACUCGAUUCAGGGAGACGCUUUUCCACUAUUCUUCACUGUUUGACAUGUUUGAGGUUACUGUUCCUCGCGAAGAUGAGCAGAGAAUGUUGUAUGAGAGAGGAAUAUUUGGAAGAGAUAUUAUGAAUGUGAUAGCAUGUGAGGGAACAGAAAGGGUUGAAAGACCAGAGACAUACAAGCAAUGGCAAGUUCGAAAUAUGAGAGCUGGGUUCAGGCAGCUUGCAUUAGAUCAGGAGAUUUUGAAGAAGGUGAGAUCAACUGUGAGAUCAGAGUAUCAUAAAGAUUUUGUUGUCGAUGAGGAUGGCCGGUGGAUGCUACAGGGAUGGAAAGGAAGAGUCAUCCAUGCUCUUUCAAUUUGGAAACCAGUCCAGACCUAAACUAAAACUGUGAUUGUAUUACAACUACUAUGUUACUUAGGAUUUUUGAUUUAUGACUUCCUGCUAUAAGUUUUGUGAUCUUGCAUGUAAAUACAUUGAUAUUUAAUGAAAAUAUGUUUGUUCUUUUGAGAUCA